AAUCUUAAAUUGUCAGCAGAGAGCAGAGUCUACAUUUUUAAUACUAAAAGUCACAAAACCCUUACCAGCUAAAAUUCGCUUGCUCCAACGAGGCAGGCAUUAACGGGCUCCCAAAGGAAUUUUUUCCCACGUCUUUUUCUCUUUCCUCCACCCCCACACCAAUCAACCCAGAAUCGUUGAUUGCUCCUUUCAACUUUGCUACUACAACCCAAUAAAGUUGAACUGAGAGAAUUGAGAAAUUCUAGGGUUCUUCGUGCGAAAUGAAGCCCAUGACGACUCUGCAAGAUCUGAUCGAAGAAGCCAAGCUUCGGACUGUUUGGUGGGCGCUUUGUAUAUUCACCGUUUGCUACUUUCUGACUCACACUAGUAAGUCAAUGUGGAUGAAUCUUCCCAUUGCCAUAUUGCUGGUGGCCGGACUAAGGAUACUAUUGAAUGAGGUAGAUUUUUCUUGGAAAACUCGGAGUGUUAGGCCACAGACGUACUUGUCACAUUUGGGAAAGAAGCAACUAUCUGUAAAUGAUUCUCGUCUUUCUACACCACUACCCCUGCCAAAAUGGAAGAGUAAAGUUGAUUCACCCCUUGUAGAGGCAGCCAUGGAGGAUUUUAUUCAAAAGAUUCUGCAUGAUUUUGUAAUAGAUUUGUGGUAUUCUGAAAUUACGCCUGACAAGGAAGUUCCUCAGUUAAUACACGCUGUAAUUAUGGAUGUUCUUGGAGAAAUAUCCCUAAGAGCCAAACAAAUAAACCUUUUUGACUUGCUGACAAGGGAUGUAGUGGACCUAAUAGGAGACCACUUGGAUCUUUUCCGAAGAAACCAGGCCUCUAUUGGUGUGGAUGUCAUGGGAACUCUGUCUUCCGAAGAAAGGGAUGAGAGGUUGAAACACCAUUUACUUGCCUCCCAGGAACUUCACCCUGCUCUGAUAUCUCCAGAGUGUGAGUACAAGGUUCUCCAGCGGCUCAUGAGUGGAGUCCUAGCUACAGUUCUAAGGCCGAGGGAAGCCCAAUGCCCGUUGGUUCGAAGUAUUGCUAGGGAAUUCUUGACUUGUUUGGUAAUGCAACCUCUUAUGAAUUUUGCCAGUCCAGGGUAUAUCAACGAGUUGAUUGAAUAUAUUUUCCUUGCAAUUAAUGAUAAGGGGACCCAAGAGGCUGGCAAUUAUCAGUCACCCAAUUCAGAGAGCCAUUAUCAUGAACGCAGUGCUCCAGCAGAAAGUGUGGACAGUAAAUCUAAGGCUGCGGCUGCCCACAACCAAAGGCCUGAUAUGACUGUUGCUCAAAUUGGUCAUCAAAGGAUAUUGCCAUCUGAUGCUUCAAGAAUCUCUGAAUCUAACAUAAUCCAAGAUGAGCCUGUGCUUCCUCAGCCAGCUGACUGGGCACGUGUCCUUGAAGCAGCAACUCAAAGAAGAACAGAAGUUCUAAUGCCUGAAAACCUUGAGAACAUGUGGGCAAUUGGAAGACAUUAUAAGAAGAAACUCCAGAAGAAUGCUGCUAAGGGGGUUCAGGUUCCUGAGGAAAAAGGUAUUAUAAGUGGUGCAAAAGAAUCAGGAAAGGAAAUAACAACCCAGAAGCCCGAGGCACCUACCAGAAUGGAAAAUAAGGCUCUGGUGCUGUCACGUCCAAGGCCACAUCCGAACUUCAAGCCUACUGAUCACAGCAAUGCUUUACAUUCAUCUUUAAAUCUGAAUAUGGUGGUAGCUCCCAUAGGGCGCUCUUCCAUACACGAAGUUGUGGACACUGUUGCUGCAGUUAGCCAUGAAAGUAGAACUAAGCUUAAGAGAUCAAAUAGCACUUCUGAUUUGACUAUCCAAGUAAAGAUGGAAGACCCAUUGGCUAGCAAAGGAGGGCACAUUAUUUCAGAAUUUUACACUGCUGAUUUUAAGGGGAAUGCUGAAGUACAUAGCACUAAAAGUGCAUCAGAAAUGGUAUUGCGCAGUGACGGACAUCAAGCUCCCAAGCUGAAGUGCCGGGUUUUAGGAGCAUAUUUUGAGAAACUGGGUUCGAAAUCUUUUGCAGUUUAUUCAAUUGCAGUGACCAAUGCCGACAACAACACAUGGUUUGUGAAGAGAAGAUACAGUAACUUUGAGAGAUUGCACCGACAGCUCAAGGACAUUCCAAAUUACACUUUAAAUUUGCCUCCUAAAAGGAUUUUUUCUUCAAGCACGGAGGAUGCUUUUGUUCAUCAGCGUUGCAUUCACCUUGACAAGUAUCUGCAAGAACUAUUGUCAAUUGCUAACGUGGCUGAGCAACAUGAAGUGUGGGAUUUUCUGAGUGCUUCCUCGAAGAAUUACUCCUUUGGAAAAUCGUCUUCUGUUAUGAGAACCUUGGCAGUUAAUGUGGAUGAUGCUGUGGAUGACAUUGUACGCCAAUUUAAAGGAGUCUCUGAUGGUUUAGUGCGGAAAGUUGUUGGCUCCUCUUCCACUUAUGAACCAGUGCCUGCAGUCUUAGGGGGGAAUUAUCAGAGAAAUUUGUCAUGGAGUGGUGAUGAAAUUGGUAAACUGGCAUUGGCGCAAAGUGCCUCAGAGUCGGUUAACAGUUAUUCUGAUAACGAUGAUGUUGAUAAAGAUGGCAGAGAUGGACAGGGUGAAAUAGAAUCGAGUCCAGUAGUCAAUGGAUGGCAUUCUGACAAUGAAUUGAACUCAAAAGAGUUCCCUCCGAGAGUGAUUAAACAUGAUGAAGAGUUCAAAGGCUCCAGUUCUGAAUCACUUAGCACUGGUGGAUUUCCGGAAGCAUGUUUGGCAAUUGUCUCAGGUCAACAACUGGAUCCAAGUAGGAUGCCGCCAGGGUGGAACCCUGCUAAUUUAAGUUUGCCCGUUUUGAAUUUGGUGGAUAACAUAUUUCAGCUCAAUAAAAGAGGUUGGUUAAGGAGACAGGUAUAUUGGAUAUCGAAACAAAUAUUGCAGUUAAUGAUGGAGGAUGCUAUCGAUGACUGGCUGUUAAGUCAAAUUAAUUGGCUUCGAAGGGAGGAUGUCAUCGCCCAUGGAAUACAAUGGGUCCAAGAUGUUUUAUGGCCUGAUGGCACUUUCUUCCUGAAAUUGAGAGCUGAAAGUGAAAUGGAUGACGGUCAAUCAAAUCAAGGGCGGUCCACAAGACAAGCAUCGGGGAAUAGGGCCUCGAAAGCCGCAUCUUUCGAGGAACAGUUUGAGGCUGUCCGCAGAGCUAAUGAAGUAAAGAAGAUGCUUUUCGAUGGUGCCCCCACUACUUUGGUCAGCUUGAUUGGGCACAAGCAGUACAGGCGAUGUGCUCGAGAUAUAUAUUAUUUCCUUCAGUCUACCAUCUGUUUAAAGCAACUAGCCUAUGGAAUCCUUGAACUUUUGCUCGUUACCAUCUUUCCCGAGUUACGCGAGAUUGUGAAAGAUAUCCAUGAAAGAACACGCACCCAACCUGCAUAAAGGAGUAAAGUUGUUGGUUCGAUCACCCUGCUGUUGUCUUUUACCAAGAAACUCGGACGCAUAAUACCAAGAGAAAUGAUUCAAUCACGCUGUAAGGUCUAAAAACUCGCACCAUCACCAAAAUCUUGCCGGGAUGUGCCACUGCAACGUAGCGGCUUUACCUGCGAAUGCAUUUUUCAGGCUGGACGGAAAGAUUUUUGGAAUGCAUUAAACUGUUUCUUGGUUGUGCAGAAAGUGGCAUUUGGUCUGCCUGAUCACAUCUUGUACAGAAUGUAAAUUAGAGCAUGUAUAGAACAGUCUAAUUAUACAAUCAUUUUUUGGUGUGCAUUCCAUUAUACACUCAUUUGACUUCCCUGCUCACAAGGUUUUGUAAUUGUUCAUGCUGUUUGCACCAACAAUUAGUGAGAUCAACAUCUAUUCAUACAACAUUCAUUCCAAA